CCCGCCGCCGCCGCCUGCCGCCGCCGCGCCUCGCGUGUCCAGAGCUGCGAUCGCGAUCGGCCGCCGCGUCCAGUGCUGGCGGGGCCAGUGCUGUGCGAGCCGCGACCUUGCCGCCUAUCGCUUCACGGUGUGGGCAAUCGCUUAUCGCUGCGGUCGCCGUCACAAGCAUCGCCGCAAGUAGACAGUUGUAGCGGCAUUAUCUUGUUAUCGUGGUCGUGCCUUCACCGUCCCGCCAUCGUGUCAACGGCGAGUUGUACAAACACUGGCUGAGUGACGGCUGAUCUGAACAGAGGAGUUUGCAGAACGUAGCACUACACUAGUUACUAAUUGUUACGACCGACGAGCUGUUGCGGUGCUGCGCCAAAGCGGCGGCGGCGCGGCGUCUGCGUUGGUGUGCUUUGUUCAGGCUCUAGUUGCAUCCGGCCCGGAGGCCAAAGAGAUCGAUGGUUACGGCGUGCGGGCGAUGACGACGCUAUCAGCGGCCCCCACCUGCGCGCGCGAUGAACUCGUCAGAGCACGAAGCGCUGAUGAUGCACGAUGCAGAGCGGCAGGCGCGCGACGGACUGGCCUGCACGACAGCUAACAGUCGCUCCGCGCCGCCGGCCGGCCUCUACUGUGAGGGCACCUACGACAUGUGGCUCUGCUGGCCACACACGCCCGCAGGCACCGUCGCCUAUCUCAAUUGUCCCGAUUUCAUUCCUGGCUUCAAGAAGGAACUGUUGGCGCACAAGGAAUGCACGGCGAAUGGCACAUGGUUCCGGCAUCCAGAUACAAACCUCGUUUGGUCCAAUUACACUACCUGUGUCGUUGAAGACACUAUGAGCGACGUGGUCACCGUGUACGAGAUCGGCUAUGGAAUUUCGCUGCUCGCACUGCUACUCUCGCUCGCCAUCCUGAUCUAUUUCAAGAACCUGCGGUGCGCGCGCAUCACGGUGCACAUGAACUUGUUCGCGUCAUUUGCGGCCAACAACGUGCUGUGGCUUUGCGUGUACGAGCUGGUAAUGAAGGACCCUUAUACGAUGAGCAAUUCACCAGUCUGGUGCCGUGCCCUAAAUGCGCUGCUACAGUACGUGCUAGUCACCAACUACAUGUGGAUGCUCUGCGAGGGCAUUUACCUACACACGGUGCUCGUACAUGCGUUCGUAUCCGAGCGCAAGCUGCUACGCGCGCUACUGGCUGUGGGUUGGCUGUCGCCAGUGGUGUCAGUAAUCGUGUACGUGGCGCGACGGCUGACCGGCAGCGAUAAACUGUGCUGGAUAGACUUCGACGAGGACGAGCUGCGUCCGGAAUUGGCCGUGCUGGCGUUGGCCGCCAUUCUGCUGAACCUGGCCUUCCUGAUGAACAUCGUGCGCGUGCUAUGUACAAAGCUACGCGCGGGCGGCGCGCUAGGCGCAGGCGCGGCACGGCCUUCCGCCACGGCGCUGCACGCACUGCGCGCCACGUGCCUACUGGCACCGUUGCUGGGCCUGCAGUACCUGCUGAUUCCCAUCCGACCUGAGCGCUCGUCCAGUUGGUGGCGCGCAUACGAGUACGCGUCAGCGCUGAGUAUCUCACCGCAGGGGCUGUGCGUGGCCGUGCUGUAUUGCUUCUGCAACGGUGAGGUGCUGGCGCAGUUGCGACGGCGCUGGCGCGUGCUCACCUUCCGGCCGCGUGCUAACUCCGCCACUGCCACCACCGUAUCGUUCGUGCGAUCGGCGGCUGGUGCGGAAGACAAAGUGUGACUAGCGGCGGGCGGCGCGGGCGCCGGCGCGAGUGAGCCGACACGCGACGACGUGAAUCCGACGCGGCGCGCGGGGGGCGCCAACGUCAACGCCAGGCACAUCCGGUUCGAGUGCGCCGACAGCGACGACGACGCGCCGCCCGACACGCGCCUGCUGUAGGCGCUGCGCCUCACGCGCGCGUGACCGCGGUCAGUGUUUAGUGUACGUGUCGAGCCAUCGAGUGCCGUGAGUAGUGGUGACGUCACCGUCGGUCGUGAAGUGCCGCCCUUCCAAUAGUACGGACCUGAGAGCGUAGCAUCAAAUACUUAAUGUUUUUUCGGUGUAGUGAGGUGGGCCUCGUAUCAAUCUAUUUUACUUACUAGUUUCUGCUCAAUUAAGACGCUUCAAAGGAGUACUUUUGUAAAAAAAUAUAUUAUUUUUGUACUCGUUUGAACGAUUCAACUAAAACUAAAUCCUGAGUUCUUGAUGCAUUGAGUACUAGAGUUACGCGCGAUCACCUCACUGCGCCGCUUUCGGUGUAAUAUGUUGUCAAAUUUAUGUAAAUACACGUAGACGU